UGUUCGGAAUUCAAUUUAUUUUUUCCGACAAUCCCUGAAAGCAGCAUUAGGUUUGGGUUACACCUCAAACGAUUUGCAAGAUGCUAAAUGAAAAUACGAUAUUUUGGCAUCAAUGUGAAGAACGACACGUCCUUGAAAGCUCUGUAUAACAUAUCUGACUCAGAAUGGGUGAAGAGGCUAAGAUGCGAACCAGAUGUCUGUUGGACUUGCCCUGGGAAGAUGUACUUGUUCCACAUAUUCUGUGCCAUUUGCCGCUGCAGCAUCUUGUCAGCCUGCAGAGGGUGAGCAAGCAUUUCCACAGCCUCAUCCAGGUGUAUCUUGCCAACUGCAGGACUUUUGAUCUGUCCUCGAUUGGACCAUCAGUUCCCAAGGAAGCAUUUUGCUCGAUGUUAAAGGACAACAAAGUUCUCCACAGCCUGUCUCUUCAGAGCUGUUCGGACUGGGUGACAGACAAGGAGCUGCUGCCAGUUAUCGGCCAGAACCAGCACCUGCAGAGAGUAGACAUGAGCGGGUGUGUUUGGCUGACCCGCCACUCCCUGGUGGCAGUGUCCUUGAGCUGCAUGCACCUCCAGCACCUUGGCCUGGCGCACUGCGAGUGGGUGGACAGCCUGUCCCUGCGCAGCCUGGCUGACCACUGCGGGGGGCUGCAGUCGAUCGACCUCACCGCCUGCCGCCAGCUCAAGGACGACGCCAUCUGCUACCUGGCCAAGAAGUGUUUGAAGUUGAGGUCUCUAUCUUUGGCAGUCAACGCCAACGUCACUGAUGAGUCGGUGGAGGAGGUGGCCAAGAACUGCAGGGGCCUGGAGCAGCUGGACCUGACAGGUUGCCUGCGAGUCAGGAACCAGUCGAUCAGGACUCUGGCAGAGUACUGCCCGAAGCUGCAGGGCCUGAAGGUGAAUCACUGUCACAAUGUGACAGAGUCCAGUCUGGAUCCUCUACGGAAACGCAACGUAGUGAUAGAUGUUGAACCGCCUUUACAGAGGGCUCUGGUGCUUCUUCAGGACGUGCUGGGGUUUGCUCCCUUUAUCAAUCUCCAGAUAUAAUCAAAGGGCCAUUAUCUGUCAAACAUGUGCACACAGGUGUCGUCAUAAAUGCAGAGUUUGUCAGCUGCAUCACAUGUGCACGUGAGUUACUAUAAGAAACAUCAGGACAAUCCAAGAACACCUGGAUGUUUUACACAAGUUAAAAAAAAAUGUGGACAAAAAAACCUCACUUGAAUGUGAUAAAAGAUGCAUAUUUAAAAUGGAAUUUAAAUAAGUUUUUUCAUUUGAAAAUGACUGAAGAAAGCCAUGUACUUGUUAGAAUUGCUGCCUCAUGUCCUAAUUAUGUCACUGCACUAUUUGUUAGUCAUUGAGUGUUGUAAAAAUGUGGCUUUUUCGAAAAACAAUUCUAGUACAGUGUAUCGUUUUGUAUGUUUUUAAACAAAGGACAUAUUUUACUCUGUGCGUAUGACAUUUUCAUAAACGUUUCACUUAUGUUUCAUUUAGAAACAUUAAAAAAUGUUUGAGUUUAAUUAAACAUUUCAUUUUGCAUGUAUGUGCCGGUUUAAAGGAUCAAUUCACCCAAAAUCACAUGAAAACAUCUUCUCACUAAUGCUUUUAUUUGCUAUUUUAUUUCCGCUACUGAGACUUCUGCUGCCACCGCAACACGAUGAAGGUGAACGCAGUCUUUUAGUGGUGCUGACCCUGUGUCUUCCAGAAACAAAGUCAUGGCUCCUCCUCAGGAUUAUGCACAGACCUCACUGUCGACAGUUUUUUAACUAGUCAAAAUGAAAACUGUUGACCAGCUUUGUUGCUCACAGUGAUACAAACUAUCUGCAUGGUUUAUACCACCAGAGAUUAAUGGGAAAAUGUGUAUUAAUGUUCUUGUGACAUGGGUGAAACUACCCUUUAAUUAAUAUUGUUAAUAAUUAAGGCAUACUAGUACAUGUUUGAAAUAAGUAUAGCAAUUUUAUUAUGACUGUUUCCCAUUAAACCCUUGAAAUGAGUUUUGUAAAAAGUACCGUUGUUGAAAUACUGUUGUCCUAAUACAGUAUAUGAAAUAAUGUAAGACAUUAAAUUGAAAAAAAUCCCA